AUGUUUGACAAAGAUGAUUUCAGUGGGUGGAAAGGUCGAAUGUCUUUGUUCCUUGAAUCUAUCGACAACAAUAUGUCUGACAUCCUUCAGGAUGGUUCUUAUGUUCCUACACAAACUCUUGUGGUUGAAGCUGUGGUCAGGGAAGGUCAACCAACCAUUCCUGCCACAGUCAAAUCUAUUGUUAAGGACAAGGCAGAUUGGUCGGAUGAGGAUAGGAGAUUGGCAAACUUGGAUGUGAAGACUAGAAAUUUCAUUGUCCAAGCUGUGCUCAAAGAUAUUUACCAUUCUAUUAAAAUGUGUUCAACUGCUAAGAAAAUGUGGGUUACAUUGACUGUCAUGUUUGAGGGUUGCUCUACUUCCAUGGAAUCCACUAUAACUACUUUAACCAGGAAGUAUGUGAGGUUUUUCUAUUUGAGAAAUGAAUCCUUAACAGACACUCAUACCCGCUUUAAUGCUUUAGUAAAUGAUUUAGCUGCUGUUGGAAUUAUUAAGAAAAAUAGUGUUUUGAAAAGUAAAUUUCUUGAUUCUUUACCACCCAAAUGGAACAACUAUAUUUCAUCUGUUAAAUUAAGUUCUAUUUAUGAUGAUCUUGAUCUCCCUGGACUUUUUGGUUUGCUUCAUAGCCAAGAGUGUUCAGAGGCAGAAAAGUUAAUUGCUAUGGGUGAUUCUUAUAGUCAGCUUGCUGUUGCACUUGUUGCUUCCAUAUCUGAACACCCUAGCUCAAUUAGUAAUGAGAUCAUUCCUUAUAUUAAUGAUGAUAUUCCAGUGAUUUCUCAUCCUAACCUUGUUUGUGCUGGAUCUAAAUGUGAUGAAUCUGAUGCUGAUGAACUAGCUAAUAAAGUAGCUAUGUUGGCUGAAAGGACCAGAAGGAGAUCCUUUAAUAAGUUUAAAGGAAAAGGAAAAGGUGGCCAAGCUGAUAAGACAAAUAAGCCAUUUGACAUGUCCAAAUUCACUUGUUACAAAUGUGGCAAGACUGGACAUAUGGCUGGUAACUACAGAUCCAAAGAGUCUUCUCAAGCUGUGCCUGCUAAAGGUGGAAGAAGUGAAAAGUACUCAAAGCUCAAGACUAAAUACAAAGCCUUGAAAGCACAAGUAGCUGAGUUGACUGAGAAAGUGAAUAAAAAUGAGAGGAGUCUGGUAGCCAAAGACUGGGCCGAAAGUGCCACUUCAUCUAAUGAUGAGCUGUACAAAGAUGCCAAGUGUUUUAUGGCUAAAGAAGCUGCUCAAAAAUUUGCUGAGGAUCUAGAGAAAAUACAACAGCAAUCUGAAUAA